AGUAUAAACUGACAAGUUACAAGAAAAGGAAAGUUGACUGGAGGCAAACAAUGGCGAUAAGACUAUGGCUUGGGACUACUAUACAAAUACUCCUACUUUCUGUAUUAGCGUUCGGAGCAUUCGCGCCAGUUUUUGCUCUGUUUCCUUCUUUUUCCUCUUCAUACUCCCUCUCUAGAUCAAGGGGCGCACAGAGCACAUUUGAGAUCGCGGAUGAUAUGUUCUGGAAAGAUGGAAAACCUUUCCGGAUAAUUGGAGGUGAUGUGCACUACUUUCGUAUUCAUCCUGAGUUUUGGGAAGAUAGAUUAUUGAGGGCCAAGGCAUUAGGAUUGAAUACAAUUCAAACUUAUGUUGCAUGGAAUAUACAUGAACCAAGAGCAGGCCAGUUGGUUUUUGAAGGAAUUGCAGAUAUAUUUUCAUUUUUGAGACUUUGCCAGAAGCUAGAUUUACUAGUUAUGCUUCGAAUUGGACCAUACAUUUGUGCAGAGUGGGAUUUAGGAGGCUUUCCGGCUUGGUUGCUUGCUAUAGAACCAGCCCUAAGACUGCGGUCCUCAGACCCAGCUUUUAUUGACUAUGUUGAGAGAUGGUGGGGAAUAUUACUUCCAAAACUUACACAUUUUCUUUACAAAAAUGGAGGCCCUAUUGCAAUGGUCCAGAUUGAAAAUGAGUUUGGUUCAUAUGGAGAUGACAAGGCAUACCUUUAUCAUUUGGUUAGGUUAGCCAGAAGACACCUUGGAUAUGAUGUUCUUCUAUAUACUACAGAUGGAGGUACCCGAGAAACUCUAGAGAAAGGGACUAUUCGUGGAGAUGCCGUCUUUUCAUCUGUAGACUUCUCAACUGGAGAUGAUCCUUGGCCCAUAUUUAAACUGCAGAAAGAGUUUAAUGGACCUGGAAAAUCACCAUCUCUUUCCAGUGAGUUUUAUACUGGCUGGCUUACGCACUGGGGGGAGAAAGUUGCUUCCACUGAUUCAGAUUUCACAGCAUCCUCUCUGGAAAAUAUCUUAGCAGGAAAUGGAUCUGUCAUCCUCUAUAUGGCACAUGGUGGGACAAACUUUGGAUUUUAUAGUGGUGCAAACACCGGUUCGGAUCAAUCUGAUUACAAACCAGAUCUUACAUCUUAUGAUUAUGAUGCACCUAUCAAAGAAUCUGGCGAUGUGGAUAAUCCAAAAUACAAAGCUCUACGAGAAGUGAUUGCUAAGUAUAGUACAACACCACUUACUCCCAUUCCUUCCAACAAUGAAAAGAAAUCUUAUGGAGUUAUUAAGUUACCGAGUGUUCAACGUUUGUUUGAUGUCAUUAACUUUGAAGACCUUGAUGGUAUGAUAACAUCUGAAAACCCAUUGCCGAUGGAGUCCCUUGGUCAGAUGCUUGGAUUUGUGUUAUAUCUAUCUGAUUUUGCUGUGAAUGGAAAUAGAAGUGUAUUGUCCAUACCAAAGGUGCAUGACAGGGCACAAGUCUUUCUUUCAUGCCCUUCAGACAGUAAUGAAGAAAGACCUAAAUAUAUAGGCACUAUAACAAGAUGGUCAAGCAUGCCAAUAGGCUUUCCAGUCACUAAUUGUCCUUCCAGCUGGAACAGAAUAUAUAUAUUGGUUGAAAAUAUGGGGCAUCUAAAUUACGGGCCAUAUUUAUUUGACCGAAAGGGUAUUUUGUCUUCUGUUUAUAUUGAUGGAAGACCAUUGACUACGUGGAGAAUGUUGCCAGUCCCUCUCCAUAACUUAAAUGAGGAAGCAAAGAUCAAUUGUAUCACUCCAAACUUAUAUACCAACAAUCUAAACGUAUCUGCACUCAAGAAACUGAAAAAUAAACUGAAGUUCGAUUCUGAACCAGCUUUCUACUCUGGUCACUUUAAUGUCGACAAAGUUAUGGACACAUAUAUAUCACUUCGUGGCUGGAGCAAGGGUAUUGCAUUUAUCAAUGGUUUUAACAUAGGGCGUUUUUGGCCGUCUUUUGGGCCACAGUGUAACCUUUACGUUCCUGCUCCAAUCCUUCAUGAAGGGGAAAACCUUGUUGUCAUUCUAGAGUUGGAAGCGGCAAGCCCUCAUCUUUUGGUGAAUUCAGUGGAGCAGCCUGACUUCACUUGUGGAUCCACAAGUUCAAAUGUGCAUCAACUCUGACAUCAUCCAAAAGGGAAUGAGAACAGUGGAGGAAACACGAAUUGGAUAUGGAGGUUUACUUGCAACUGUCUAUGCUGAAGCCAAGGUUGUAAAAUCGGUAUUGUUGAGUCAAAAUCUAUGGUUCGAAAUUCCAAUAAGAAAUUAUAAGAUUCUACAAUAAAUAUAUCGAUGUACCAAAACUUUGAAAAAAAGACCGUUAAUAAUACGAUCUCAACUUAUAAUUUAAAACUGAACUAGAAGGUGCACAAAUAAAAUUUACAUUAUUUUUU